AGAAUAGUUAAUACGAACAAGGACCACCACCACAUUAGCCACUAACACAGCAAAACCCUCGGUCUACCAGGAGGACGACGAAGCAGAGCAGAAACAACAACGCCCAAAGAACGCAAUCUUCUAUCAUGGCAGAGCACAUUCCCAGGGCGAAAAAGGCCUCCUCGUCGAGGCCCAAUAUCAUCUUUAUUAUGGCCGACGACCAUGCGUCCAAGUCCAUCAGCUGCUACGGAGCUGGGAUCAAUCAUACACCGCAUAUUGACCGCCUAGCCACCGAGGGCAUGAAGUUCAACCAUUGCUAUGUGACUAAUUCGAUAUGUACCCCUUCACGGGCGUCCAUUCUGACAGGAACCUUCAACCAUGUCAAUGGAGUCAUGACCCUUGAUAACCAUAUCAAUAAAUACAUACCCAAUGUUGCGAAACAUCUGCGCACUGGUGGAUAUCAGACGUCCAUGGUGGGUAAAUGGCACCUUGGAGAGGGGACUGCCCAUGAACCGUCCGGGUUUGACUAUUGGUCCGUCUUGCCAGGUCAAGGCGAUUAUUGGGAUCCCGAGUUCAUCGAGCCUUCUGGUAGCAAGAUUGAACCAGGUUAUGUUACCGAUAUUAUCACGAACAAGUCUCUACAAUGGAUCAGGUCACGCGAUAAGACACGACCCUUUUUCCUCAUGUGCCAUCAUAAAGCGCCUCACCGCUCGUGGGAAUAUGACACCAAGCACAAGCAUCUGUACACCAAGCCUAUCCGAUUACCAGACACAUUCACUGACGAUUACAAAAACCGGGCUAAGGCCGCCAAAGCGGCCAAGAUGCGUGUCGCCGAGGACUUGACUUACCAGGACUUGGGACUGGUCCAGCCCGACGGAGGCCGAUGGGUGGGUGAGAAGGUGCACCAGGAGAAAGGCGCAAGUGAACGCAAAAUCCCCGCCCCAUCAGACGAUGAGGGCGUGAGAGCCCUGCGGCUGAUAGAUAAGGACGAUGGCACUAUCUUCACCUUCAGCUCUACUGCCGAGCUCGCUGAGUUCAAAUUCCAGAGAUACAUGCAACGCUACCUCCGCACUAUCCAGUCUAUCGAUGACAACGUGGGCCGGCUCUUACAUUGCCUAGACCACGAGGAAGAAGGCUCCUUGAGAUCGGAAACGAUCGUCAUCUAUACAUCCGAUCAAGGAUUCUUCCUCGGCGAGCACGGGUGGUUCGACAAGCGCUUUAUGUAUGAGGAGUCGUUCCAGAUGCCAUUCCUGAUCCGAUACCCAGCCGAGAUCGCACCUGGUUCCAUCUGCAACGACAUCAUCUGCAACGUGGACUUUGCGCCCACCUGGCUAGACUUUGCAGGCGUCACGAUCCCGAACUACAUGCAAGGUACAUCCUUUCGGGUCUUACUACGCGGCGGCCCCGCGCCGCCGACCUGGCAGCAGAUCGCCUACCACCGCUACUGGAUGCAUAACGACAUCAUCCACCAGGCCUAUGCACACUACGGCGUUCGGAACCAGCGGUACAAGCUCAUCUACUGGUACAACGAAGACUUUGGGAUCGCCGGCGCGCGACCCAGCGCCCUCGGGGAGGGGGAGAAAGAGUGGGAGCUCUUUGACUGCGACAAGGAUCCUCUCGAGUUGUUCAACGUUUACCAUGACCCUCACUACCAAGGGGUGGUGAGAGACAUGACCCGCCUCUUAGAGAUGAAAAUGGCUCAGAUCGGUGAUGAACCUGCUCAUCCUUGUGCCUUGACUGCAAAGCUGUGAUGUGGGAGGAUGCAACCGAAUGAAGAGAGACAGACUUGGAAGACUAUUGGUGGGAGACUUGUGAGAUGGAAUAUUUCACUCUGUUGACAUUUGGUACUCAGCACAGCUCGGAUAGAUCAAACAUUGGACGAGAAAGGGGAUUUUAUAGGCUCAUGCUCUG